AUGCUUCGCACUCUUGAUAUCGGCAAUCAUCUUCCCAGCCCCGACUCUCCGCCAGGAAUGACUACUUCAAAGAGCUCAAAGACAUCCUCUUUCCAAUCUUUAGACAGCGGCGAUGAUGGCAGUGUCAUGGCCGACAUUGGCCAUUUUGAAGAGAUCGGUCUCGACGAUGACAAUGUCACCCUCAAAAGUCCAUCGAAAGUCGACGUUCGUCCCAGUCUGAACAAGGCACCCUCGAGUCGAUCCCUGGUGGCUGGCAAGACCGCUUCCAAAGCUCGCCCACCCUUCCCAACACUCGAGACCAACGUAUACACCUCGAACCCCCGAAGCACCAAUUUGAGCGCAUUGACAGAGCCUCUUUCUGCCACGCGGCCCAAGACCCUGACUAGUCCAUCUUCAGCCUCUCUCACCUUCACUCGACGACGAAGCCCGAGCCCUGCUUAUUCGCUCAACCCGAGAGAUCCGAGAGAACCCAGUUUGACUGCAAAGCCCCGUCGAAGCAGCUGGCAAACUGGCCGGGAACGCAAGUCAUUUACCGACCUCGAGCGAGAAUGCGACGAAGAUGACGGUGAUGAUAUUCCCGAUGGCAUGUUCCUCGACAACGUACCGCUGUCUCCUCGACCUAUGCAGGAGCGAACACCUAGCAGACCAUCAUCCGUGUCACCCUCCCCCAAUCGAUCCAAGGAGCGUGUCCGAAGUGUCGGAAAUGGAACGCCUGCUGUUGCCCAAGCCUCAGGCUCUCUCCGUUCGCCCACCUGGAAAACCGACGACAAACCUCGCAGCCCUUCCCAAACACGAGCGCAUAGUUGGAAUGCAGCACUGGCAGAAUUGAACGCCGAAGCCAAGACUCUGACCGAAAAGCUCGAAGAGCACGCCGACGAGGAAAUAGAGAAGCAAGCCAAGCGCCCCGCAAACCAACGCCCCAAUACUUGGAAUGCAUCUCGACGAUCUGCCGACAUGUAUGAGAAGAAGCAGCGCGUCAAGUCAACCCCAGAACUACCACCUCUUCGCAAGACAAAUAUCAUGAUUGACCCCCUUCCUGUUUCCAAGGAGAAGGAAGCUGUCUUGAGCCGCACGCGUCCCUCAUGGUUGCCGCCUAAGGACCCUGCCGAGGAGCGUCGACAUUUGAAGGAAUAUCAGAAGAUGAUGGCAGCCAGUCAAAAGGCCGACGAGCGACGCGAAGCUUCUCGCAGGGCCAAGAUCGAAGGACGAGACAGCACAGCCGACAAUCUAAUGCAGAUUUGGGAGAGGGAUGUCAUUCCACGAUGGAGCGAAGCCAUCCGGGAGCGCAGGACGAGAGAACUUUGGUGGAAGGGUAUCGCACCCCGCAGUCGAGGUGUUAUCUGGGGUCGAGCGAUCGGCAACGAAUUGGGUCUCUCGGAGACAUCGUUCAAAGCGGCUCUUGCAAGAGCCCAGGAGGUCGAGGCCAGAGUCAAUGACGACAAGGGCAACGCAGACGACGCCAGGAAGGCAAAGUGGUUCCAAGAGAUACGAAAAGAUGCUGCCCAGAACACAUGGCAGGACUUGAGGAUUUUCGAGGUCGAGGGACCAUUGCACCAAAGUCUCGUUGACGUGCUGAGCGCGUAUGCCAUGUACAGAAGCGACAUUGGUUAUGUUCGGGGUUGCAACACAAUUGCUGCCUUGCUACUCCUCAACCUACCUGAUGCCGCAUCCGCCUUCGUCGCACUUGCCAACGUGCUCAACCGCCCAUUGCCUCUUUCGUUUUACACUGGCGAUCCAGGCGCACAAGCUUCUGCAUUUAAUCUUGUGAUGCAGACCCUGUCGCUCAAGUCUGCACCUCUUCACGCGCACCUCAUCAAAAAGAUCCCAACUGCCGAACUCGAACAAUGUUUGGCAGGAAUCUUGACAGCCGUAUUCACCCAACAUCUUGCCAUUGACGAAGCAGCCCGGCUAUGGGACGUUUAUGUCUUUGAAGGCGAUGCUCUGCUAAUUCGAGCCACUGUCGCUCUACUUCUCAGUCGAGAGAUGACGCUACUCGGAGCCAAAACGGCCGAUGAAGUCAAGACGAUCCUCAACGAAAGAAAUGCCAAGGUCUCUGCAGCCAGAGUCGCUGGUGAGGUAGGCGCCGAGGACAAAUUCAUGAUGUCAGUGCGUGAGGCAGGAAAAGCCUAG